AGGUAAGAUGCUCCAGAAAAACAUCAUGUAGAUGUCCCUUUUUGAGCAGUUUGUACUAAGAGGAAGGGGCAGAAAAGGUUAGGCAAGGAGUUUCUAUGUAGUUCAGAGAAACGUAAACAUGGCUUUAUGCCGAAGGAAAGAUUCCCUAGAAAAAGUUGUUGAAGAUUGAGGGACUUCUUGGCAUGAGGUUACAAAAUAGGAAGAUGGGGAAGAUCUCAGAUUGGGAGAUAAAGGAAAUAUCAACAUAAUUGGAAGAAAUUUACAGAGUCUAAGAUAUGUCUAAGUAUCAUAAGGCUGGCAGUCUUCCAAACUUGAAGUUUUACAAGGAUUAAGAAAGGAGUCAGAUGGGCAAGACUUCACAGAGGAAGCAAUUCGACUAUGAGAACCUAUCAAAGCCAAAGCCUUGUUUAAACACCUCAAUCCCCUUGAGAAUGUCUAGUUAUACAUUCAAGAGGCCAGUCACUAGGAUCACAUCCCAUCCUGGCAAUGAGGUAAGAUAUCAUCAUUGGGAGGAGAGCCUGGACAAGCCCCAACAAGCCUGCUGGCAGAAGAGACUGCAAGGACUCCAGGCCUACAGCAGUGCAGGAGAACUUUUGACCACUUCAGAUCUAGCCAAAGCUUUGCAAGACCUUACACCUAGAGGCACAGAUGCAUCUGUUUCAGAGACUCAAGCCAACAGCAUCGGUUCUAGGCCCAUGACCACCCAUGAGUCAUCUUCACAUUUGUCAGAGAUGAUUCCAGAAGCAAGUAUCCCACAGAUCCUUUGCAAUCAAAUCCUCGUCACCGAAGAAGAUAUUAGCAAGCAGGAAAAGAAAGUGAAAAUAGCAAGAGAAAGACUGGCAGUUGCACUGAUUGAACACAGGCUAGCAAAUGAGGCAGAGAAAGCGAGGGGGUCAAGGAGGGCAAACUUAUAAACAGGGAGGGGAAGCUGGGGAGAAGAUACUGCCGAUGAAAUGCAGAAUUGUUUUGACACUUCUUUUCGGUGUCUUUGGUUGCUUUUUUUGAGACCUUGAAACUUUAAACUUGACAAUCUUUAUUAAAAUUCUCCAUGCAAUGGAAAAAAUUAA